AUGGAGACGGUCGCACUGAUCCUCACGUGUUUCACGUUCCUCUUUUGUGAAUUAAUCCCGACUAUGCUCUAUGUAUUUUUGGUGUUGACAGACUUUCGUUUGAGGGUGAAAGUUAUGGCCAGUGGACUAUUCACGUUAAUAGAAAUCAUCAAGUAUAGUUGUACCCUGCUAUACAAGAAUCAAGUACGAAACUGUUUAAAAUUCGUUGAUGAGGACUGGCGAAAUGUUAUCAAUCCGAGUGACCGCAUCUCGAUGAUCGACAGAGUCAGAACUAGCAAACGUCUUAUUAUGAUGUGUGCCACAUUCGUGUAUUCAACUGGCAUUGCUGCUCGAAUAAUAGUACCUUUGUCAAUAGGAAAGAUCGUUACUUCUGAAAAUAUCACUAUUAGACCACUGCCUCACGUUGCCUAUCUCGUUAUACUUGACGUGCAGCGUAGUCCAGUUUACGAAAUCAUAUAUUUCAUACAAUUUCUAGCAGGAUUUAUAAAGUACACGAUUUCGAUUACAACUUUUAGUUUCAUGACACUUUGCGCGAUGCACUUUUGUGGGCAGUCUGACAUACUUGUAACAUUAAUGAACGAUUUCGUGAGCGAGAAUCAAUCGAAAAACGUGAACAGGAGAUUGGCUAUUGUCGUGGAGCGUCAAAUCAGAAUACGGAAGGUGAAAGUUAUGGCCAGCGGACUAUACACAUUCAUAGAAAUCAUCAAGUAUAGUUGUACUCUGCUUUACAAGAAUGAGGUGCGAAACUGUCUAAAAUUCGUUGAUGAGGACUGGCGAAACGUUAUAAAUCCUAGCGAUCGCAUCUCAAUGAUCGAUAGAGUCAGAACUAGCAAACGUCUGAUUAUGAUGUGUGCCAUAUUCAUGUACUUCAGUGGCAUGGGUUUUCGAAUAAUAAUACCUCUGUCAAUAGGAAAGAUCAUUACUUCUGAAAAUAUCACUAUCAGACCACUACCUCACGUUGCCUAUCUCGUUAUAUUUGACGUUCAACGUAGUCCAGUUUACGAAAUCGUGUAUUUUAUACAAUUUCUAUCGGGACUUAUAAAAUAUACGAUUACGGUAACGACAUUUGGUUUCAUGACACUUUGCGCGAUGCAUUUCUGCGCGCAAUCAGACAUACUUGUGACGUUAAUGAACGAUUUUGUGAAUGAGAAUCAACCGAAAAACUUGAACAAGAGGUUGGCUACUGUCGUGGAGCGGCAAAUCAGAAUAAGGAACGACAUUAUACCUGGUGUCCUUUAUUGGUUGAUGGCAGAAACGGCGCGAAUUCGACUACAUAUGAUCCCUCUUCUCCUCUAUGACUUCAUGCCUGUCAGUCAAUAUGGUAUUUUCAUAUUUCGCUAUGAUAAGCUCAGGCGAUGCUUGAAACAUGUCGAGGAAGAUUGGAAAAACGUUCUCAGCGCAGAAGCACGGAACAUUAUGCUGAAAUCUGCGAGGACGGGCAAACGUCUGGUUACGAUCUGUGCGAUCUUCAUGUACAGCAGCACCAUUUCAAUUCUGCCGUUAUUCCAGGGAAAGUUCAUCGAUCAGAAUGUCACCAUAAGACAAUUUGCAUGUCCGGGUUACUUCUUUUCCCUCGACGUGCAAGUCAGCCCUGUUUACGAGACGGUCUUUGUAAUUCAGUGUCUAACAGGAUUUAUUGCAGCUUCGAUCGUGAUAUGUGCAUGCGGUCUCACCGCAAUUUUUGUGGUACAUGCUUGCGGCCAAUUGAAAAUCUUAAUCGGCUUAAUGAGAGAUUUCGUGCAGAAACAAUGGCAAGAGGAGCGUGAAAUGGAUAUGAUGCUAGCUGAGAUAGUCGAGCAUCAAACAAGAGUGCGCAAUUUUUUACGGUUAGUGCAGCAUACCUUACAGGAAAUAUAUGUGGUGGAAUAUCUGGUGAACACAAUAACUAUUUGCCUUUUAGUGUAUUUUAUGUUAGUGGACUGGCAAAAUAGGAAUAUACCAACUUUAUGUACUUACUGGAUAUGUAUUGUAAAUAUGACAACUCAUAUGUUUCUAUUUUGUUACAAUGGUGAACAACUUACAGAUCAGGCGGAAAAGGUAGCCAUUGCAUCCUGCGGGCUCGAAUGGUAUCGUCUUCCGGACAAAAAAGCACGUAGCGUUGUAUUGCUGAUUAUUAUGUCUAACGCGCCAACCAAGAUCUCUGGAAAGUUCAUCGAUCUCUCGCUCAAAACAUUUGGUGAUGUAAAUCGCUAUGAUCAAGUCAGGCGAUGUUCGAAGCACGAGGAGGAUUUGGAGAAUGUUCUCAGCGUGGACGUACGAAACAUUAUGCUAACAUCUGCGAGGACGGAGAAACAUCUGGUUACGAUCUGCACACUUUUCAUGUACAGUGGCGUUAUUACCUUCCAAACAAUUUUACCGUUGUCCCAGGAAAAGAUUGUCAUCGAUUAG